UUAUGAAGAUUCAGUGCAAUAUAUGCGAGUUUGCUGAGGCAAACGUACUUUGUUGUGCCGACAAUGCUGCCUUGUGUUGGUCUUGUGACAAUAAUGUUCACUCCCUCAAUAAUCUCGCAAGUAACCAUCACAGAGUGCCUCUCACCGAUUCAUCAUCUGUGAUGCCCAAUUGCGAUAUAUGUCAGGAAACUGUUGGCCAUUUCUUUUGUAUGGAGGAUCGAGCACUCUUCUGUCGAAAAUGUGAUGUUGCCAUACACUCUGUAAAUAGUUUAGUGUCAUCUCAUCAGAGGUAUCUAAUGACAGGAGUGAAAGUAGGUUCUGUUGAAGUUGGUCCAUCUAAUAUGAGGACACCACAAGCUCUAGUGGCUAAUCAGCCAAACCCGAUAUCCACUCUUGUUGAUGAUGUUGCUGGUGGGAGUUCUACACCAAUGAUUUUGCCAUCAGAUGGAGGAUCUCAAAUUGACACUGAAUGGUUGGAUGAAUAUCUUCAACCUGUUGAAUUCAAUGAGACUUAUGGAUUUAUGGGUUAUAAUAGCUUGUCCAAUGUAUAA